CUCCGCGCGCGCUGGUCUCCUUCCCUCCUGCGGGUCCGCGGAUGAUCAGCUGGUCUGCGCUCCCCUGACGUGGGCCGGGGCACGUCACCGCCGAAUGGCAGCCUCCAGAAAGGCACCGCGAGUAAGGGCGAAUUACCAGGAUUUUCAGCUGAAAAACUUAAGAAUAAUUGAACCCAACGAGGUGACAAACUCAGGAGACCCAGGUGUGGAAACAGACGGCAGAAUGGCUCCAAAGAUAACUUCAGAGCUGCUUCGGCAGCUGAGACAAGCCAUGAAAAACUUGGAAUAUGUGACAGAACCGAUCCAGGCCUACAUCAUCCCGUCGGGAGACGCCCACCAGAGUGAAUACAUCGCUCCAUGUGACUGUCGGCGGGCCUUCAUCUCUGGAUUUGAUGGCUCUGCAGGCACAGCCAUCAUCACAGAAGAGCAUGCGGCCAUGUGGACUGACGGGCGCUACUUUCUUCAGGCUGCUAAACAGAUGGACAGCAACUGGACACUCAUGAAGAUGGGUCUGAAGGACACACCGACUCAGGAAGACUGGCUGGUGAGUGUACUUCCUGAAGGAUCCAGGGUUGGUGUGGACCCACUGAUCAUUCCUACAGAUUACUGGAAGAAGAUGGCCAAGGUUCUGAGAAGCGCUGGCCACCAUCUCAUUCCUGUCAAGGAGAACCUUGUGGACAAGAUCUGGACAGAGCGUCCUGAGCGUCCGUGCAAGCCCCUGCUCACACUGGGUCUGGAUUACACAGGUGUUUCCUGGAAAGACAAGGUUGCAGACCUUCGGUUGAAAAUGGCCGAGAGGAACGUCGUGUGGUUUGUGGUCACUGCCCUGGAUGAGAUUGCAUGGCUGUUCAAUCUCCGAGGAUCAGAUGUGGAGCACAAUCCGGUGUUUUUCUCCUAUGCAAUCAUAGGACUAGAGACCAUCAUGCUCUUCAUUGACGGUGACCGCAUAGAUAACCCCAGUGUGAAGGAGCACCUGCUUCUUGACUUGGGCCUGGAAGCUGAAUACAAAAUCCAGGUGCUUCCCUACAAGUUCAUCCUGAGCGAGCUCAAGGUCCUGUGUGCCAGCCUCUCCCCGAGGGAGAAGGUGUGGGUCAGCGACAAGGCCAGCUAUGCUGUGAGCGAGGCCAUCCCCAAGGAUCACCGCUGCUGUAUGCCUUAUACCCCUAUCUGCAUUGCCAAAGCUGUGAAGAAUUCUGCCGAAUCAGAGGGCAUGAGGCGAGCUCACAUUAAAGAUGCUGUUGCCCUCUGUGAACUCUUUAACUGGCUGGAGAAAGAGGUGCCCAAAGGUGGUGUGACGGAGAUUUCAGCUGCUGAUAAAGCUGAGGAGUUUCGCAGGCAGCAAGCUGACUUCGUGGACUUGAGCUUCCCAACAAUUUCCAGUACGGGACCCAAUGGCGCCAUCAUUCACUACGCGCCAGUCCCUGAGACAAACAGGACCUUGACGCUGGAUGAGGUGUACCUCAUUGACUCGGGUGCUCAGUACAAGGAUGGAACCACAGAUGUGACCCGUACCAUGCAUUUUGGAACUCCUACGGCCUAUGAGAAGGAAUGCUUCACAUAUGUCCUCAAGGGCCACAUAGCUGUGAGCGCAGCCAUUUUCCCGACUGGAACCAAAGGCCACCUUCUUGACUCCUUUGCCCGCUCAGCAUUGUGGGAUUCUGGCCUGGAUUACCUGCACGGCACAGGGCAUGGUGUCGGGUCUUUUCUGAAUGUUCAUGAGGGUCCUUGUGGCAUCAGCUAUAAAACGUUCUCCGACGAGCCCUUGGAGGCGGGCAUGAUUGUCACUGAUGAGCCAGGGUAUUAUGAAGAUGGGGCUUUUGGAAUUCGCAUUGAGAAUGUUGUCCUGGUAGUUCCUGUGAAGACCAAGUAUAACUUCAAUAACCGGGGAAGCCUGACCUUUGAACCUCUAACUUUGGUUCCGAUACAGACCAAAAUGAUAGAUGUGGAUUCUCUUACAAACAAAGAGGUAACGUGGAACGGGGUUCUCCCAGCCAGGGCUCGCUCCCCCUUCUGCCUCUUCCAGCUCACAGAGGCGCGACUGGCUCAACAAUUACCACCUGACCUGCAGGGACGUGAUCGGGAAGGAACUGCAAAGACAGGGUCGCCAGGAAGCUCUCGAGUGGCUCAUCAGAGAGACACAGCCCAUCUCCAAGCAGCAUUAACACUGCCCUGGCUUUUAGGAAAACAACACUCUGGGGAAAGGAAGAAGCCUGGCAGACCCCUGACAUCCCCCCUUUUCUCCUACCUUUCCUCCCCUCUUACUUUUAGACUCUGGACUGAAAAUCUUCUCAUCCUCUUUGAUAUUUUCUUGCAAAUGCUCAAUCUUUUAUGAUUUUUUUUAAAUUGUUGAGAAUGAGCCAAGAAUAAAUUGCAUCCCCAGGAGGAGGGGCCCCACAAAGCCGAACGCUCGACUGGUAGACGCCCGGAGCAGCGCAGCGCAUCGCCCUGGCCUGCGAUGGCGAAGCAGGGAGUGCUCAGCGACAGUCACGUUCCAGGUGCUAGUCCAUCAUCCACGGUCACCCUCACGCACACGAGACUGUACUUACGAUCAGUGAAUAAAAUGUCAGAACCUG